UUCCUCCAUAGAAAUUCAGUGUUUCCCUCCACAAAUGACAAAUGGCCGCUUUCGACCUAGACGAGCUCAAUAUACAUACAAUGAUGAAAUUGAGACAAUAUGUGAUGAAGGGUAUGUCCUUGGAGGCCCAGGAAAAGUUUCCAAAUGCACCGCACUUGAUUGGAGUCCUCCUGCUGUCUGUAAACAAAUUCAGUGUUCCCCUCCACAAAUGACAAAUGGCCACUUUCGACCUAGACAAGCUCAAUAUACAUACAAUGAUGAAAUUGAGACAAUAUGUAAUGAAGGGUAUGACUUUGGAGGGCCAGGAAAAGUUUCCAAAUGNGGGAGUGCCAUAAUUUUUUUCAUCAAAAAACAAUCCUAA